AUUCGAGCUUUUUCUCCCAAUAUUUCUGAAUAGAACUGGUGCAUGUGGAUCUUUUCUAAGUAGUUGAGGGCUUACCGCCCUUAUGUGAUGUCUAUGAAUCCUUAGUUGAAUGUGCUAGACCUGAAUCCUGAUGAAAGUUGGUUGUAGCAAGUGGUGACAAUUCAUUGUCAAUAGUUGUGAAGCUCAAAGUUGCUGCAUGGAAAAUUUCAGAGUGGUUAUGAUUCGAUUGUGUAUGAUUGUUUUAGAUCUAAACGCACUACAGUGUGUCGAAAUUAAGUUCGGAAAGAAAGAACGCAGAUAGUCUUCAGUUUUCAAUUUCUUUGAAGUUACAGGUUCGAACGCAAGCAGAGCGUGCGCUAAGGUCAAGUGGAGAACGCAUCUUGUGGAACGGUUUUUUGGAACUUCUGCUAAACGAGCAGCGGCAUACUCAAGCGAAGGCAAAAACUGAACCUGUAGAGGUGAGCAAGGCCUUGGAUGAACAAAGGAGUUACGAGAGGCUAGGAAAGAAGCCUCGUGCUCCACUUUUGUUUUAUACAGAAAGCGAAUCGCCGCCUGCGGGAGACGAAGAGGGAAGCGCGAAUAGGGUGCCGCUCAUAGGUGAAAAUAGUUUAGCGGGGGUUAAUUACAGAGACAGCAUGUCGUCUGAAGAGGGAACAACAUUAGACGAGGCGAUGCCGCCGACAAGAAGCGGACAGCAGAAUGCGCCGCGGGUCGUCUCCGAAGGAGAGUCACAGAUCCGUAGAUUGGAUGCACGCGCUAACACUUUCAUGCCCAUUGUGGAGACAUCGACUGUGGCGGCGUCGGCUGCCAGUCGAAGCAACCCGGCUCCGAAGUCGCAAGCCACGGCGCCAGUGCAAGUAUCAUCCUCGCCAAAGCAAAGUCCAACAUCUUCGCCAAAGGAGACGCCAGCAAAGCCGCCAGAAGUCCAGAAAGCGGCUGCGCAACGUCGGCAGAACGGAAGUGUCCUGUUGGAUCGCGCGAACGCGACGGAAGCGUCAAUGGCAGCAACAGCUAGUGCGCAAGAAAAGGCACCUUCUGCUACUACGAUCUCGCCGUUUUUGCCUGGUG